GAGACUUUGCUCUGGAUGUGAAUGGCCGAACAAUCUACUGGAUCUUUGGGGAUUCUUACUCAAUUUCGAUGUCCCCAAUGGACAGUAAUCAGCUUCCCGUUGAAGGUGAAUUUCUCUAUGACACCGGGAUCUCAAAUCCUUUUACAAUGUUUUUCGAUCGUUUCCAAGGGAAUUUAUACUGGAGUGAGAGCUUCCACAUUUCACGGAGGAUUGGUAACAUGCAGGAGAGUAUUGUCAAGGAGAACAUUAAAUGGGCGAAAGGAUUGUUCGUCGACACAAAAGAUGGUCGAAUUUACUGGAGCCAAAAUAAUAAUUGGAAUAAUAUCGAAUCGGUCAGACUAAAUGGGACGGACAGGAAGAUGUAUUUCCCUAACUCAACUGGUAAUUUGAGCAGCAAUAUGUUCCGACGAUUCGUUGUCUUUGAUGGCGUAAAUAUACUGGUCAGCAGGGAACAGCCCAGGGAUCGGUCAGGUCAAUGUGACCGGAGAUGAGCUCGAGUAUUAUCAGCGCGUGCUUGAGCUACGCAUAGAACGCGACGAGGCUAACAACGAUAGCGACGACGAUAAUGACGACGGCGUGGAUGGCCUAGACGCGCCUUACGGGACCGUCCAACUGGGAGCAUGCAUUGAUUUCUUUAUCAACGGGGAUUUUAAAAAUAACAGAAUUCAUUAUUAAGAACUAUGAUUUGUU